GCAUUUGGGAGAUGUUGAUGCCAGCGUCAAUGACUCAUUACUCGCCAGACAACCAGUCAGCGAGUUAAUGCCACCUUUUUAUCAAUAACGGUGUUCGAGCCGGCCUCGGAUACAUCAGCCGGCGGCCGGUGAAAGUCUCAGACGCACGCCGAGCUUCGAUCGAUGAAGACGUCGGCGCGGGCGCAGUGAUUCGUGAUCUAAUGGUGAUAAUGGUGUGAGGGGGAACAAACAAACAAACACGGUGCGCGUAAACAACGCGGCGUGAUAGCUCAACGCUCGGCUGAUAUUGGGUGGUGCGCACUCCUACUUUAGCUAGACACUAGCUCAUUCGCUACUGCCAGUCACCAGUUGCCAGUCGCCAUUUGGCACCAUGCUGACGGCAAGCGCCCUCGUAGUGCUGUCUUCGCUGGCCCUUGCGGCGCCGGACUUGCAGGCCAUCGCGCCUCUACCAGAUGUCAACAACACGCUGCCCGCCGAGCAAUAUUUCAUUGACAAGAUCUUCGAUAAAUAUGGAUAUAAAGGUGUUAUCACAUUCGAGGGUUUCGAACAUUUGCUGGACAGCCUUGGUCUCGGCGGGCGGGUGUUCACAUCACCACAUGAUCUGGCCAUCCACCGUGUGAACGGCACCUUCCGACAGCUGCACGAUACACAACACAGGCACAAACGAUCGCCUGCUAUUGCGGAACCGAUUUUAAAGAAAUCAUGCCUGUCGCCAAAGGAAAUACUCGAAGUUUACGGAAUGGAGAACGAGCCAGGUGUCAUCACUAUCAACCCGAAGACAUUCCUCGAAAUGUGUCCAGCCCUGGUGUACCAGCUCGACCAACGCUCCUGCUACAAGACUGAGGCCCCGCCGCCCAAACAAGAAAGAUAUUUGACAUGGAUAUACGCAAGCUUAAGCAUCUUAGUGAUCAGCGCAACCGGUCUCUUUGGAGUCGCAAUAGUACCUUUAUUAAAAUCAGCGAUAUUCAGUCACGUUUUACACUUUCUAAUCGCGGUAGCUGUGGGAACUUUAUGUGGUGAUGCUUUGCUACACUUGCUGCCUCAUGCCCUCAAGUCUCACGGGCCGACCUCCGAGCCUCAAGAAGAAACUGAAGUCAUACUCAAAUGCAGCGUCACCUUUUUAACAAUACUGUUUUUCUAUUCGGUUGAAGCUAUCAUGCAAACGCUUAAUGGUGGGCACGCGCAUUCGCAUGAUGCCCCCCAAGGGAAGGCUGUCGAAGAAGUUAAGGUGGAUUCUGGCAAACAGACGGAACCGAUCGAGCUCGGGGCUAUGAUGCCUGGGUCACCUCCACCGCCGGUAGAGAGGCCCAUGACGUCAACAGCCCUCAUGGUGAUCGUCGGCGAUGGUCUGCACAACUUGACUGACGGUCUCGCGAUAGGCGCCGCCUUUAGUGGAGAUCCAGUGACAGGUUUUGCAACGGCCCUUGCGGUGUUUUGCCAUGAAUUGCCGCACGAAUUAGGAGAUUUCGCAGUUCUGUUGCGUUCGGGCAUGAGUAUUAGACGCGCUCUUUAUUAUAAUCUUUUGUCUUCGGUGUUGAGUUUUAUGGGAAUGGCUGGCGGCAUCUGGCUAGCGGAAGACCACGAAUCAGCAUCGCAAUGGAUAUACGCGGCUACAGCGGGAACAUUCUUCUAUAUAGCCCUUGCCGACUUAGUUCCUGAAAUUAACGAAAACAAUCAUGGAAAAGCUUUAAACUUAUUCUUUGCGGUACUCGGCAUACUCACCGGAGGUAUUAUUAUGCUCAUGAUAGCUCUGCACGAAGAUUCCAUACAGUAUCUAUUUAGAAGUUCGGAACAAUGAACAAAAUAACAAGUAAAGUACAUUCGUAUUGUGAUAUUUCUAUUAAGGUACCUACUCAUGGUUGUUCAAUUUGUAUAUUGUUAGUUCAAAUAUAGUUAAGUUCCGAAUAUUAUUCAAUAAGUUAGGUUAUGUUUUGAUUUUAAUUGGUGAUACAAAGUAGACACAGGGCAUUAAAUUUCGCGACUAUCCAACUGGAAACUGAAAAAAAAGCAAGAUCUUUUGAAUACAUUAUUUUAUCAUUGUUCCAAACUUACUACUUAUUCUGAAAUCAAAUAAAUAUUAUUAAUAAAAAAAAUUAUAAUAAUUUAAUGAAAGAUAAAGCUUACGUUGCAUUAGAUGAGUGAAUCAUUAGUUGUAUAAUCAUUAUUGCAAUAAGAAAUUGCAUAAUUUAUAUGAGAAACACAUUCCAUAUAUUAUAUUAUUAAAUUAUAUUUAAUAAUAUUAAUAUUCCAACGAUAUUUUUAAACAUUUAUAUGAACGUUAUUACUGUAGUAAUAAGUCUCCUGGUAGUUUAUAAGGUACUUUAUUAAGUGAUACAAUUCUCGCUAAUGAUAAAUUUCAUUACAAUCAAUGGAAUACAUCGUUUUCCUAUUUUUUUUAUAAUAUACUAGAAGGUGUCCACACUGUCCAUAGACAUCCGAAAGUGCGCGUGCGUUGCCUACGUUUAAUCGACGGAAAAGGGGAUGCACAGAAAGAUAAUAAUACACCUUCUUAUGUCCACUCCGUCAUAAAAUCUACUUUUCCUUUGAAAAGGUUGGGAAGGGAAAGGGGACUAAAAUUAAGCCUACGGCACACACCCGCUUCAGACGAAACGCCGUAUUGCUUUCACUUGAUGCCUAUCUUUUGUUUGAUCGUGGUAGUAUACCGGGCGAGGUGGCCAAUUCGUGCAAUUCAUAUUGUUGUGGCGUCUACCACAGAUUAAAUCUUUGUGAGUUAUCUUACUAUUAUUUGUUUUGUUCUAAAGAAAAACUCGCAAUAAACUUCGAAUUAAUAAUUGUUAAAAGUGUCUUAAGAUAGAAAAUUAGAAAUAGGAUGCAUAUCUGCGUAGUGAUGGUUGAAAAAUAUUUUAGAUUAUGAACAUAUUCAUUUAUUUGUAUUGAAACAUUUUGUUUUUAACUUUAUGAUACAGCUCAGAGAAUAGCGAAACAGUUAAAGGUAAACCGCAGGAUUAAAAAUCAAUAUUAUUCUGUAUACAAAGUGUUAUGUUUUGAUAUGUUCAAGUAUUUAAUUCUGUAUUUGUACCUUUUUCAAUGUAUUUUCUUUCAAAAUAGCUUACUCUCCGCGGUAUUUGACCUAGUCAAUUUUUUCCAUUUGCAUAUCUUGCGAUAUCUUACUACCUACAUUAUACUUUUCAGUAUAUUUGUUUAACCACAACAUUUAUUGUAAAUAAUUAUUUUAUAUUUUUUUAAUUUCUUAUAUUUUGUAUUUAUA